CAUAGCUUAAGACAAGCAACUCCUUUUCAAGCCUGAUAACAGCUACGUAGGCCUCCAAACUCCCAACACAGCAAAACCAAGAUAUUCUGCAUUUCCAUUUCUCAAAAGCUUAUCUAUUGAAUUCCUUUUUCAUCGAUAUUUUCAAGUUUGACACAAUCUUUUCCUCUCCUUUUCUCUAUGUUCUUCUUCAAAUUCAAGGUUUUGAUUCCAGAAAUCCUUUUGAGGAUGACAGAUGAAGUUUUGGAGAGGGAAGGUCGAUGAGUUGAUUAUUUCGAGACUUUGAACUCUGGAGUUGCUCCGUUAGAGAUGAUUGAGGUGUUUCAUUAUUGUAAUCCCGGCGGUCUUGAGUCCUUCUCCAGCAAUUACGCAACAGAUGAUUCCGAUAAACUUUCCUGAAUAUAGAGCUCCAGGAAACAUGGAAUCCACCAGGGAGAUAGAGGAGGAGCCGGUGGAGCGGGUGCUUAACGAGAAGAUAUACGUCGCAGUUGGGAAAAAUUUGAAGAAAAAUAAAUCACUUGUUAUUUGGGCAUUAAAGAACUCAAGAGGGAAGAAGAUUUGCAUCCUUCAUGUUCACCAACCGGCGCAAAUGAUUCCGUUAAUGGGUGCAAAGUUUCAUGAAAGCUCACUUGAAGAACAGGAAGUCAGGGCUUACCGGGAAAUUGAAAGGAAAAACAUGCACAAAAUGCUAGACGAAUACCUUCUUUUUUGUCAACAAAUGAGGGUGCAGGCUGAGAAACUGCAUGAUGAAAUGAAGAGUAUUGAGAAGGGAAUUUUGAAACUUAUCUCCAGUCAUGGUAUCAGGAAGCUUGUUAUGGGAGCAGCAGCAGAAAACCGCUAUUCAAAGAAUAUGACGGACAUCAAGUCUAAGAAGGCCAUCUCGGUGUGCCUACAAGCACCUGCUUCUUGUCAAAUACGUUUUAUUUGCAAGCAGCAGCUUAUAUACACAAAGGAAGGUCAUUUGGAUGCAAAUGGUGCAGAACUCAGAUCAUCCCCACAAGAAGCCACCUCGGUCACUGAAACUAGACAAUCAAAUCAUUUGAGGUCACCAUCUGUUACUCUAGAGCAGAAAAAUCACCUAAAGUUCAAUCCAGCUCAAAUAUUAUUCCGCAGAGCAUAUUCCGUGUCGCUUGGCCGACGGGGAAGAGAAUCACUAACUCCUGCUUCCUCAUAUAACGUUGGAGGGGCAUCAACUUCACAGAACCGGUUAGAUGUGGAAGGAGCUUUAACUGCUUCCUCUGAUGAAUGUGAUGCAUUGUCGAGGAUUAGUUCUCGGGGUUCCCUUCUCUCGACAUGCUGUCCUAGUGGGAUCGUCAAUUUUUGUCUGGUUCCACUUGUUAUUGACGACGGGUGUGAGAUUGAAUCAGAGUUAAGCACACGGCUUGAACUUAAAGAAGAACUUUGCCCUUCAUCUCCUCCGAGUGUAUUGGAUGGAAGUAAAGAGGCUCGUCUUUAUGAUGAACUUGAACAGGCAAUGACAGAGGUAGCAAUUUCAAGGCAAAAAGCGAGUGAAGAGGCGGUCAGGUUUGCAAAAGCUGAAAGAGAUGCCGUUGAGACCAUCCGCAGGGUCAAGGCAUCGGAGAGCUUGUAUGCUAAGGAGUCAAGACAAAGGAAAGAAACCGAGGAAGCAUUAGCAAAACGAAAGGAAGAACAUAAAAAGAUGAAGAGGGAGAGGGAUGAAGUCAUGGAAGAACUUCAUAUUGCCUUGGAUCAAGAAAAAUCGCUGGAAAGCCAAAUUGCAGAUGCUGAUCAGAUGGUAAAGGAGUUGGAGCUAAAAAUUACCUCUUCUGAUAAAAUGUUGCAAAAUUACAAGAAAGAACGAGAUGAAUUGCAGAUGGAACGUGAUCAUGCACUCAAAGAAGCAGAUGAGCUGAGGAAGAGCCGAGCUGAAGCCUCCAGUUCGCAGAUGCCACAGUUUUUCUCCGAGUUCUCUUUCUCAGAGAUUGAAGAAGCAACACAGAACUCUAAUCCAUCCCUCAAGAUCGGGGAAGGGGGAUAUGGUAGCAUUUAUAAAGGUGUGUUACGUCGCUCCCAAGUGGCUAUAAAGGUGCCGCACUCUCAUAGCGAGCAAGGACCUGCAGAAUAUCAACAGGAGGUUGACGUUUUGAGCAAGAUGAGGCAUCCAAAUCUCAUCACUCUCUUCGGGGCUUGUCCAGAAUCUUGGGCUCUUAUCUAUGAGUAUCUUCCAAAUGGAAGCUUGGAAGACCGACUGAGCUGCAGGGACAAUUCUCCUCCUUUGUCUUGGCAAACUCGAACACGCAUUGCCACUGAGUUAUGCUCUGUCCUUAUCUUUCUUCACUCUAGUAAACCAUACAGCAUAGUGCAUGGCGAUCUAAAACCUGCAAACGUCCUACUUGAUGCCAAUUUCGUCAGCAAGCUAAGUGACUUUGGAAUCUGUCGUCUCCUUUGUCAAAAUGAAGGAUCAAGCGGCAACACAACAAUAUGUUGCAAAACUAACCCCAAGGGCACUUUCGGAUACAUGGAUCCUAUAUUUCUUAUCUCAGGAGAGCUUACUCCAAUGUCAGAUGUGUAUUCAUUUGGGAUUAUAUUGCUACGACUGUUGACUGGAAGAUCCACCUUAAUGAGGAUAAGAGAAGAAGUGCAGUGUGCAUUAGAUAAAGGAAACUUGAAAAUCCUCUUGGAUCCUUCGGCUGGAGACUGGCCAUAUGUGCAGGCAGAACAGUUGGCCCACUUGGCAGUGAGAUGUUGUGAGAUGAAUCGAGAGAACCGGCCAGAUCUUGCAUCAGAAGUAUGGAGAGUACUUGAACCAUUGAGAGCCUCAUGUGGAGGGUCAUCAAGCUUCCGGCUAGGUUCAAAAGAGCUUUCCCAACCUCCUCAAUAUUUUAUAUGCCCAAUUUUCCAGGAAAUCAUGCAAGACCCCCAUGUAGCAGCUGAUGGUUAUACUUAUGAAGCAGAGGCUAUAAGAGGAUGGCUGGACAGUGGACAUGAUACUUCGCCCAUGAACAACCAUAAGCUUGCACACAGCAAUCUCGUGCCCAACCAUGCACUUCGAUCGGCAAUCAAGGAAUGGCUGCAGCAGUAGUACAUGAGUAAAUAUGUCUACAUUUGUAUUUUGUGGCCAAAAGAAAUGUCCUUAAUUUCUUUUUUUUUUUUUUUUUUUUUUGUAUCCUUGUUAUAU